AUGUUGGUAGAUGUGUGGCAGAAGGGUUUGGAUUCAGAGACCAAGGGCGGCAUUUAUAAUCCCUCUAAAGGAAGGUUGGAGGACCAAGAUUCCAAGAUCCACCUCCAGCCCGACCAUGUCAGAGGUCCGGGAUCUGGCUGUGGUGAUCCGGAGGAGAGAGAAAUCAAGGAGGAAGAAAACAGUGACUCCGGAAAGAGCUCCAACCCAGACUCAGACAGCAAGUCCAGGCCCACAGCAUCAGGAAAUCAUAAACAAUGCAGACAGAAGCCCCAACCCUGCUGUAGCGACAGUUUUAUUUGUCCAACUCACCUCAAAUCACUCAAACAGACUCCCAAAAUAAAGAAGACAUACCUCUGCUCCCAAUGUGGGAAGAGUUUCAGUCGGACAGGAGACCUAAAGAGUCACGAGAGAUCACACAGUAAAAAAAAGCCUUACCACUGCGUUCAAUGUGGGGAGGGAUUCACUCAGCUUGGAAGUCUAAAAAGUCAUCAGAGAAUACAUACAGGGGAGAAGCCUUACCACUGCUCCCAGUGUGGGAAGAGCUUUAAUCGUUCAGGAAACCUUACAGAACAUCAAAGAAUACAUACAGGGGAGAAGCCUCACCACUGCACCCAAUGUGGAAAGAGUUUCAGUCGGGCAGGAAUUCUAAAGAAUCACAAGAGAACUCACACAGGAGAGAAACCUUUCCACUGCUCUGCUUGUGGGAAGAGUUUUACAAGAGAAGUAAGCCUAAAGAAUCAUCAAAGAGUACACACUGGAGAGAAACCUUUCCACUGCGCCACAUGUGGGAGAGGUUUCAGUGAGAAAGUAAAUCUUAAUAGACACGAGCGAGUACAUAGUGAAGAGAAGCCUUACCACUGCACCACAUGUGGGAAGAGCUUUAAUCACUCAGGAAGCCUUAAGGAACACCAGAGAAUACACACAGGGGAGAAACCUUACCACUGCACUGAGUGUGGAAAGAAAUUCCGUUUUGCGGGAGAUCUAAAGAAUCACCAGAGAUCACACAGUAGGGAGAAGCCUUACCACUGCUCUCUUUGUGGGAAGAGUUUCAAUCAACCCGGAAACCUAAAGAGUCAUCAGCGAAUACACAUAGAAGAGAAGCCUACCAGUACUCUCAAUGUGAUUGUCAAAGAGGAGGAGGGUGAGAGGAAAAUCAAUGAUAAG